AUGGAGGACCAAUCCUUCGUGGUGCCCCACAGCGGCCUGCGUGGCGCUGUCACGGUGCCAAGCUCCGGCAGCCACUCUGGACCCGCCGAGCGCCUGCCGAGCGCCGGCGCGCUUUCUGUGGGCCGUGCUGCGUUGGGCGCCGGCCUCGCCGUGGGCGCGCUGGCGGCCGGGCACGCGGUGGGCCGGAGACGGGCACGGAAGAGCGUCCAGCGGCAGGUGGUGAAGAUGCGUGUGGAGGUGCCAGAAGUGGCAGAUGUGGAGGAAGGUUUGGGCCUUACUGGCUUGAACGUCGAGAAGUUGGCCAAGGAUCUCGAGCAGACGGCCACGCGCUGGGCCCAACAUCCCGAGAAGGUGCUGGGCGACGUGGAACGCCAAGCCACGCAGGUGGCCAAGGCAGCAGAGAAGAUGCUGCCCAAGGUGCCGGACCUGCCGCUGCCAGUGGAGGCGAAGGUGGCCCUCAAGGAGCUCUCCGUGAAGGUGGAGGCCCUUCUCGAAAGCCAAAACCUCAAAGCCUUGGCCACGUACCUGCCGCCCGAGCUCGCCACCUUGCUUGCCCAUCCGGAGGUGCUGGAUCCGGUGAAGCUCCCUGCAGGUCUUGGUGCUGCUCUGGUGGCACUGUUGGCGUUACGCCGUGGCCCGCAGCCCUGGCUGGAUGAGCUGCCCCGGGAAUACGACUUUGGGCGCAUCCGCACUUACUGGCAACGAAGGCCCUUGCAGUUGCUGACCAGGUUCAUCGAAGCGGGGUUGAAGGUGGGAGGUUACACCUUCCAGAUGAAGUUGGACGAGCUUUUGGAACGCUCUGAUGAGAUGCGCCCGCAGAGAGCUGUGGAGGCACGCGAGCUCAUCACAGACUUAGGUGUGACCUUCAUCAAGAUCGCCCAGGUCUGGGCCUCGAGGCCGGACAUUUUGCCCAAGGAGUAUCUCAAGGAGUACGAGAAGCUCUUGGAACAGGUGCGUCCUUUCGGCAAAGAUCUAGCCUUGGACACGUUGCGCCGGGGCGACUCCGGGCGCCCGGCGGUCGAGCUCUUCCAGGACCUGAGCGUCUUCGACGCGCCGGUGGCCUCCGCGUCGGUGGGCCAAGUGUACAAAGCGACCAUGAAUGGUAAAACUGUUGCCGUGAAGGUGCAACGACCAGAUGUCCGAGAGCAAUCUACUCUGGACUUGUAUGUGAUCCGCACUGCCGCUGCUUUGGGCGCCAUGCUGCCCUUUGAUCAGCUCCAAAGACAAUCGAAGCAGCUCAUGGAGCCGGGUGACCGAUGGCCUCCAACCGAAUCAGGAGCUGGACUAUGA